CAAAAAUUUGCAUAAUUUGAUGAUUGAUAGGAAAUCAGGCAGGCGGAGGCCAGGUUGCAGGAGGUUACGUCAAGAAGUUGGAAUGACUGUGUUAGAUGCCACAGCCAGGCGUGUUGAUCAAUGGAUUUAUCGCGGUUGACAAAUUCCCGAAAGACGCUGCCAUCAAGUAUUAUUUCCUAACGCAUGCGCAUUCUGAUCACUACGCCGCUGUUGAUAAUAAAUGGAAUAAUGGUCCUAUAUAUUGCUCACCUGUGACCGCUCAUAUUCUCCCAAUCGUUACUCAUCGUCCGAGAUCGAAGCGUGCUGGAAUUAGGAGCCACUUAAUUCAUGCCCUGGACCUAAAUGUUUGGCAUCAUAUGGAUGGCUUCUCAGUGAUGCUGUUAGAUGCAAAUCAUGUUCCUGGUUCUGUAAUGUUUCUCUUUGAAGGUGAUAAAAUAUCAGAAGGUCCAAUUCUUUUUACAGGUGAUUUUCGAGCGGAUAUUCGACUUUAUCAAAAUAUAUUUGCGGUAUCGGUUUUACGAGAGAGGAGUCUUAGCACAAUAUAUUUGGAUACUACAUACAUUAAUUGUACACGAGAAGAAUUUCCUAGUCGAGAAGUUUCAUCAGCUGAAAUAUGUAACGUUUUGCGUGAGUUAUUUGAUGGUUCUAAGCCGAUAACGAUUAUGGUCCCGAAAGUUGGCCGAGAGCAAUUACUUGUUGACGUAGCUGUUGAAUUCAAAUGCAAGAUAUGGGUUGAUUAUAUUCGCUUUCAAGUAGCCAAAAUUCUUGGAUUAAGUGAAUAUUUCACAACAGAAAAAGACGGAACUUUUAUUUGGACAUGUACAAGGCGUGACGAAAGGAUGUGCUACGUUGAAUAUUCCGACCACAGCAGCCCAAAUGAAAUACGUGAUUUUCUUUCCCAGCUUUCAUUUUCUCGAGUUAUCGGAUUGUCAGUGCAGUUGUCACAAAAACAGACCGCAGAACUAGAGGGACUUAGUGUGACGAGUUUCAAUGACGUAUUAAUAAGAACUGGAACUGAUGAGCGUGUCGAUGAAAACAAAUUAUCUUCGCUGGCAUCAUCAACCAUUCAGAGCAGAAUUGAAUUGGCUAACAAUCGUGCUUUUGAUGUUGAAAUACUGCAGCGCAGAACCAACCAUGGCCAGAAGCAAGAAUUAAAUGCAGCUGAUGAUUCUGAAAUAGAAAUCGACGAAGAAAAUACAAAUAUAAUUUUUGCCGAAACGAUAUUUGGAGCAGAUUUGCCAGUGAAAAACUUAGAAGGUACUAGGUUGUCGAGUGAAACAGCUACGAAAUCAGAUGGGAAGCUUCAAAGAGCUGCGGGAAAAAUUGAGACAAAUGCUGGAGGUUUACUGGAAGCUGUUGAUAAUGAGGGUUAUUACAAUUUCAAUAUGGCAAUGAGGGAAUUGACACGAGAUGAGGAAAAUCUGACAAUACGUAUUUGUAUGGAAUUGAAUAAUAAUGGAAAUGCAGAAGAGGAUAAUCCGUUGCAUGAAUUUAUUGAUGAAAUAAGUAUUUCAAAACAACUAGAAAAUUUGGAUAGUUUCACUGAAAACUAUUACGAGGUUGUAAAUACUGUGGCAGAAAUACAAAUAGGUUUUUGA